AUGAAAUUAACAUUAUUUCCUGCAUUUCUACUCUUCACCUCAAUAUUGGGUCUGAAAGACGAGCACGAGGAAAACUUGAAGCGAUGGCACAUGGAGUGUUUUCAGGAGACCAAGGUGAACCCGGACUUGGUGCUGAAGCUGAAAAUGGGAAAUUGGCAGAUAAAAAAUAAAUUGCUCAAGGAAUGGAUAUUGUGCGUGUUCAACAAAUACGAUCUUAUGUCCAAAGAAGGAGUCUUCAAAUUGGAUACGGCCAUGUCUUUAGUUCCGAGUGCAGACCGGGACAUGAUAGAAGAUUACAUCGAUGCAUGCUUACCCAAACAUAUUGCUGAGCCCCGCGAUAUAGCCUGGAAAUACGCGAAGUGCUAUCAUGUGGGUGCCAAGGAUCCAAUAAACAAAAACAAAAGGUUACAUUAUAUGACUUUAUUUUAUUAG